CUACUGAGGAGGAGUCUGAACUCUGAAAACUCAGCGCCUUCUUCUCGCUUGCGGUUGAGAAACGACGACGGGAAAAAGAAGCCGUUUCCUUCUCUGGUGCGGCCGGCGGUCCAGCCACAGAUACAGCAGACUGAUUUCUCCGAUCGUUAGAAGCCGGAGUCUCAGCUGAACUACGACCGGCUAACAGGAAUACGUUACUUUAUCUUUCUUUAUCCAAAGGACUCUUUGAUCAAUAAGUGAUUUCGCGUAGACAAGUUUCUUUAUUUUUCAUGAAGUAGACUUGUGAAGGUGCAAUUAGAACUUGGAAAAGCCUGAUAAAAAUUGUCCAGUGAUUUCACAUAAUGGCAACUGAAACUGGGCUCGAGUCUCUUGUAGAUCAACAAAUUUCAGUCAUCACAAAUGAUGGAAGGAACAUUGUGGGAGUUCUGAAAGGUUUUGACCAAGCUACAAAUCUGAUUCUUGAUGAAUCCCACGAACGCGUUUAUUCCACCAAGGAAGGAGUGCAACAAAUUGUUCUAGGUCUUUACAUCAUUAGGGGCGACAACAUAAGCAUAAUUGGAGAGCUAGAUGAAGAACUAGAUUCACAGCUGGAUUUCUCGGAACUGAGAGCCCAUCCUCUAAAACCUGUUAUUCAUUGACUGCGGCUUAAAGGACAUAGUUUUUCUAAACAGGACGAUGUUUAUGAGUUUGAACUGGAUUUUGGAAGACCAUUGUUUGUUGUCUCAAACGGUUUUACUACUAUUUUAAGUUGUCUGUUUCUUAUAA